UUUCUUUCAGGUUGGGCGCAACGUCUUCGGGUUCGAAUUCGACUGAAUGUGUGGGUUCGAUGUGAUUGCUGGUACAUUUGAGCUUUUGUAGUCGGAAGCGGACACGCGGUGUCGUGGUUUCGCGGUAUGCUGAUCUCUUAUCGAUGCGGCUAGGGCUCGGGAGAGCGAGCCUGCGUGGAAUGCUGAUGGUUGAGGCAGUGCAAAUUGCCGGAAUUUUGUUCGAAAAAAUCGUUGAGCAGUUCUUUUAGUCCUCUGGUGCAUUGGUGGUACAUAGGUAUGCUCACAAAGAAAAUCGAGUUGAAUAGAGUGUAGAACAGGAAGACAUGGCUUGUGCUCCAUCGAUUUCUCAAUCCCUGAUCUUGAAGUAAUUGGGCACUUUCAGCGAUUGACGACGUUUCUCCGAGACUUGACAGUUCGGAGAUUGGACCUCGAUGUUAGGUGGUUGAGAAGGUGACCAUCGGGGUUCACUCAUCUUGACAGAAGCGUGUGAAGAGGUCAACAUGGAGCCUGCAAAAGUGAUCGCCGUGGCGAAGUCCCAAGCUAGGGAUUUGCGGCGUGUGUCUAUGAAGCUUGAUUGUGUCGACAGCCUCGAGUACACUCAGUGGGAGCCGGGACAAGAAUAUAAGCGUACAUUUGUCGUUAGAAACAUUGCCACGAAAGUUCAGACUGUACGAUGGGAACCACCAGUAUCCCCCUACUUCGAGGUGCAAUUCCAAGAACCGCAUGCAAGGCUUGGCCCAAUGAUGAUUGCCGCCAUCAACAUCGUCUUUCGCCCGGCAGCGCUGGAGAAUUAUGAAAGUUCGGUUGUUUUCAGAACCCAGCGGGGUCAAUUCACGUUGGAACUCCGGGGUCCUCUUCCAAAAAUUGACCUGGGCAUUCCAGAUUUCAUCGAUUUCAACUAUGGUCCGGUGCAUGACGUCACAGAAAGGACUUUCAUGAUGAAGAAUACAUCAGACAUUACAGUGACAUAUGAGUGGGUGGUGGAGGCUCCUUUCUUCAUUUAUCCAAGUAGAUCCUCAAUCCAAAAGGGGAAAAAUGAGAUGGUAUACUGCCGGUUUCAACCUGAGAAGGCUGCCGCUUUUUCAACCACGGCCCUCUGCUGUACGUACCUCGGGGUUGCAGCAGAAAUGAAGAUGAAGGGUAUAGGCAAAUACUCCUUCUUGGCUGUUGCAACACCUCUACUCGAAUUCGGAGAGAUCAUAAAUCGCACGACGAAGGAGCUGACGAUAGUGGUGUCUAAUAUCUCCAUUGUCCCGGCCAAAUUCUAUGUGAAAAAGGUGGAUAAUCCACUUCACAUAUCAGACUGCAAUUUCACCAUCAUCCCAAUGACCGGUGUGAUCAAGGCAAACAAGUCUUUCACUUUCAAGGUGAUUUUCAAUCCCAUAACUGCAGGCACCUUCUCUCUCGAGAAAUUUGAGAUUCACACAUGCCAGACAUGUCGUGCGUCGUUCUCGUGCUCUGGCACGGCUGCGAGACCCGUGGUCAAGCUGUCCACCUUCUCACUGGACUUCGGCAGUGUGGAGGCCGGCGGCUAUAUAUCGCGCUCGGUCCUGCUCGACAACCAGUCCAUCAUCCCGGUCUACUUCCAGUUCAUGACCGACGAGAUGCGCGUGUUCGAGUUCGUCCAGGCCCGGGCCGUGUGCAGGCCCAAGCGAGCCAUGAUGAUCACCAUCCACUUCCGGCCGCACGUCAUCGCCAACUACUACCGGCGCAUCAUCUGCGUGAUCCAGGACCAGCACGCUCUGUACUGCGAUCUCCUGGGCACCUGCUACAAGGUGGCGCUCAAAGCGCCCACCCUGAUGCAGUACCACGUGGACCAGCACCGCGAGCUGCUGAAGACGGCCAGCGUGGCCAUCGAGGUGGCCGACGACCAGAACCAGGCCGCGUUCCCGUCGAAGAAAUCCAUCCUGGCCAACAUUCGGCCCUACUUCGGAUCCGUGCCCAGGGCCUCGCUCAAGAAGGGCUUGGACGGCUCCGAAUGGACGGACGACGCCUGGCACGCCAUGCUGGCCCAUCCCGAGGAGACCGAGGCCAAGACCAACAAGCCGGACGAGCCCACGUCCGUCCAGCCGCCGUCGGGGCGCGGCGACGGCAAGACGGUGACCUUCGCGCCGGGCUCCAACCCGCACCACACCGAUAAGUUUGCGCCGGGCGCGGCUGAGCUCGCCAACGUGUACCUGAAUCCCGAGGCGGGCCGCGUGGCGCAAGGGCCCCGACACCGGACGUCGGCGCAGCAGAGAGAGCUGGCGCAGCAGCUGCUCAAGGCGGACGUGGUGGAUGAGUUCGGACCCAACAACGUUGGCCCCGACGGCGUCCCGUACAGACGAAAGUCGCGCUUGGACUCGCGCUACCUGGUCUUCUCCAAAACCUGGCAGCGCGGGCUGGAAGGGUUCAAGCGCAUGUACAACCACGAGAUCUGGGACGAGUACUACAUCGGGCGGAUGGAGUACUGGGAGCCCGUGACGAUCGACAACCAGGUUCUGGAUUUCGGCAAGGGCCCGUGCAUGCAGUUGUCGGAGCCGCAGUUCCUGCACGUGACCAACAACUUGCAAACUCCCGUCACGCUGCUCUGGCUCGUGCCCCGGCCGCCGCGGGUGGGCGAGUUCACGGGCAUCAAGCCCCGGCCGCCGCCGAACAAACUCGAGAGGAUGAUCAAUAUGCAGAAGGACUCGCCGGCCACGAAGAACACGGAGAUCUUUCACGUCGUUCCCGACAAAGCCAUCAUUCCGGUGGGGGGCAGCUACACGUUCAGCGUGAUCUUCGAGCCCAAGGCCCCCAACAAUCACUACUGCCAGCAGCUGCAUCUGUUCGUCUGGACCCCGAGCCCAGAUCGUGUGCUGCCCCCGUGGUCCACCACAGUGUGUGCGGCCGGCCACAGCUUCGUCAUGCAGAGUCAGGAAUUCCCACCUGAGUAUUCUGUAACCAAGACCAAAGUCAAUUUCCCCCCCACCUUGAGGGGAUUUUCUGUGUACCAGACGAUCGUGCUGCGAAACCACAACGGGACGGUCCCUCUGAGCUUCAUCUUUGAGCUCGACAACCUGCUCCCAGAGUUUGUAGUGAAACCCGAACAAGGACUCAUUCCACCGGGCGAGUUUCAGCUUCUGACCUUCAGAUACGAUGCAGGGGAGCCGCAGAAGAUCACGGACAAAGUCCGAUGUGUUCUGAACCACUCUGCGAUCGAUGAUCUCACAUUCACUCUGAAUGCAAGCAGCCAUGUGCCCAAGCUGGUUCUCGAGAAAAACGGUGUCAUGUGCUUCAAGCCGACUGCCGUGGGAACGAGAAACACGCUGUACUUCGUCCUGCGAAAUGCGAGCGCAAUCGCCACCGAAUUCGAGUUCCAAGUUCCUAAGAAGCUGGCGGAGGUGUUCAUCAUCAAACCCAUAGCCGGGCUUCUUCGGACGGGGGAGAGUGUGAACGUGUCCAUAUGUUUCAUACCCGCAAAGGCCCAUCUUUACUACUGCAAGAUUCCUGUCAGAGCGUUCGCGCACGUGGAGAAAGCGUUCAUUCAGGACAACGGGAUGGCCUUCGAGAACGUGCAGACCAGAGAAAUCAACAGGAUUCAGCUGAUUGCCAACGGCGAGGGCAUGGUGGAAUCGAUCCGAAUCGAUCCCGUGCACAUCAACUUCAAGCACGUGGUGGUCGGUCGCCCUCACAAAGUUCAGAUCACUCUGAAAAACGUCAGCGCCGGUAGUCUGAGAUACGCACUGUCGGCCAAUGGCAGGAACAAGAGCAAGAAGGACUGCGUAGUGUCGUUCGACCGCCCGGCGGGUCAGCUCCACGGGAACACACAGCUCACAGUCAUGGUGACAUUCCACGCGUACAAGGUCCACAAAUUCGAGUUCGACGUCGUCUGCAGCACCUUCCUGCCGCUGCAGGAGAUGCCGCAGUACACCAAUCUCCUGCCGGAGACGGAUCCUCUGCGGUUCGUACACGAGGAGUCCUUCCCCAACGCGCCCAGCGCCAAGAGCGCCUACGCCCUGCUCAGCGCAGUGGCCAAGUACCCGUGCUUGAACGUGGCGGCGGUGCGCGGCGAAGGGCUGAGCUCGCCGCAGCUGUGGCGCGAGCUGCAGGUGCGCAAGCUCAAUGCGGCCUUGGCGCUCGGCCGGCUGAACACGCAGCGCAGCGGCGAGGCGGUCUACGAGGACCUGUUCUGCAUGGGCCACCCGGUGGACCACGAGCGGGCCUUCGUCUUCGACUUCGGAGCGCAGCUCGUGUCGACGAACCAGUCCACGGUGGAUCUGGUGAUCCGCAGUGGCAACGAGCUGCCGGUGUCGUGGCGCGUGCGCUUCUGGAACGACGCCGAGAUCGACAUCGAGAACUGGGUCGUGCCCGCCGCCGCCACCAACGAGGAGCGGCGCUACAUGCUCAUGCGCAAGUUCAACUUGUUCCAUGCGGAGCCGCGCCACGGCGUCAUCCAGCCCGGCGAGGAGCAGUAUCUGAGACUGCGCUACUGUCACCUCAUGGAGGGCGAGCACAUUCUGCCGGCCAUCCUCGAAGUGCAGUACGGGCGAACCACGCACUUGGAGCUCCGCGGCCGGUCCAUGGUCGAGCCUCCGCGCGUCCUGAUCAUGGACGUGGACCCGCACUUCCUCAAGCCCGGCACCGUGGGCGAGCUGAACCCGCCCUACCAGUGCGUCGAGCUGUGCAACCGAGGCCCCGUGGACAUCGACUACGAGCUGGACACCCGCGCGCUCGAUAAACUGCGCCGAGACAACUUCGACUUCCCCGUGCUCUCGUGCCAGAACCCGACGGGCGUGGUUCCGGCGUUGCAGUCCGUGCUGCUGAACUGGGUGUUCCAGCCUCUGCAGGCCAGGAACUACGAGGUGGACCUGCCGGUGCAGGUGCCGGAGGGCGAGGGUCGGAAGCUCACCCUCUUCGCGCGCGGCGUGAACCCCGGCGAGUCCGGCGAGUUGCAAGACCUCGAGCGGGUUGCCAAUGCUCCGCCCGACAUGUGGAGAUCGUACGACUGGCCGGACGUGCCCGUCAUUCUGACCACGGAGCUUCUGGACUUCCACCGCGUCGUCGAACUCUCCGACACGCACCGGCUCAUCGCCAUCCAGGGCUUGGUGGACGACUGCAAGGUCAAGUUCACGUGGUUCAACAGCGCGGCCGUCGAGCAAAACGUCCGUGGCACUUUCACGGUGUUCCCGGCCACCGGCAUAAUCGAGCCCCGCCAGCAAGUUCUCUGCAAGGUACAAUUUACGGCCGGCAUUCAACCGCAGAUUUUCGAGGCCUGCCUCAUUCUUGCCACUGAGAGAAUUCCAAAGGAAUUCGAAGAGCUGAUGAGUUUGCCACCGGAUACACCGCCGAUGGAUCCGGUGGAGAUUCAUGUGGAUACAUGGCCCAAGAGGCUGACGAUGGCUUUCGAGACCAGGUUCUUCAAACACGACUGCGUUAUCGAGAGAUUCACAAGAACGGCGAAGCUGCACAUGACGGAGGAGGCGCGCCGCCGGUUGGAACGCGUGGAAGAAACACGAGAUUUUGAGCGCCUGAAGCAACUGGAGACGGAAAAUCUGUCCUUCAUCCCACCGCCACCGACGCGCACCACCGUCUACUUGACCGUGGCUUCGCACAUCGUCGCGAAAGUUUACGACACCACUGCGGAAGACCUGCUCACGGCCGCCGAGAGGUUGUCGUAUCGGCUUCCGGAGAAGACCCAGUGGGAGGUCCACAUCGAAUUGGCCUUCGGCAUCAUGAUGGAGUUGCUGCAGGACGCUCUCCAUGACGAGAUGAGAGAAAACUCGUUCCACAAUCUGGAGACCGACGGCAUCAUGGCAUUCGAGAAAUUUAAGUUCCCUCGCAAGUCCCACAGUCCCCAGGUUGAGGACGACUUCGACUGUCUGGGCGAAGGUGAGCUCCCGCCCAACGAGUACCGCUUGAACUAUGAGUAUCCGCCCGACUACGAGGAGGAGGAUCCCCAGGAAAAGCCCCAGGACCCGGACUUCAUCGAGUACGUGGAUCUCUUGACGAAAGAGCAGACUCUGGCAGCGAACGUGAACGACAAAGACGACUGGAGGAUGAAAGCCAUCUGGAUCCAACACAAACGUCGUCAGACUCCGUACACCAAACCUCUGAAGCAGCAUUCUCGGCCAUCGGACAGAGCACCUGACAUGGCUUUCGGUGUCCUGGAAGAUUGGCUCUUUCUUAUUGUAAAAGAAAUAUUCGACAAUGACAACUGAACUACGCUCAUCGUCCUCUCCUCCAUCUUUUGUACCGCGCAGUUUGUCGCCCCCUCCAUUCAUUCUCGUGGUCCUGUCCUUUCAGUCACGUGAUGCACUAGCAGCCUUGCUCCUUGAUUCACUGCCAACGUGACUGCCCUUUCACGACGCAGUUGAGCGAAUAGUAUAUCGAGAGUACAUCUCCGGCAAUUCCAUAUUGACACAGGUGGCAGCACUAAGGAUACAGACACGGAAAAAGGGUUACGCGUGAAAUAAACGGUGUUAUGCCAUACCUCGACGGUAAAAAACCAUAGCAGGAUAGAAAGACCCCAGCUGGGGUUCAAAAGAACAGGAGAUUUCCUAUUUGGUCUCCUAAUCUCAUAUCAAAAGUUCAGGUGAUAACAAAAGGUCUAGAAUCAGCGUCACACAUCAAUCCUAUGUUUCUUUCAUGGUAGAGGCAAUCUCACUGAUUUUAUGCAUAUGCAUAUACGGUAUCUAACAUAAUGGAUGCAAGAAGAGAAGGAUAAAUGUCUAUCAAAAUGUUCUAUCUUGAUAAAGCCUAAC